AUGACUGAUACAGAUGAAUCCCAAGCCUCUGAUUCUGAUCAAGACGUAAUAUUCAUUCAGCAGAAAGAUUCAUCUGAGGCAUAUGAAUGCGAGUUAAAUACACCAAGGGGAGAUUCAGGCUCUGGACAGAAGGGUGCUACCCCUGCUGAGAAGUCCUCAGAUGAGCUUGGUAGUGGAUGUAAAUCAACCGCUUCAGCCAUAGUCCUUCUGGACAGCAGUGCUUCAGAAACUGACAGUGAAAGCAACACUAAGAGCACCACUCUACCUUCCAAGCAAAAAGUGAGAUCUCGACCUUCAAAGCAACGGGCAGAAUCUCUUGCAGGAAUGUCUGAUGCUGAAAGUUCAGAUUCUUCUCUGUCCCCUGCAAGUCCAGUGAUAUCUGAAACGGCCAAACAGCAGAAGUCAAAUCUCAAUUUGAAAGCCAUUUUUGCCUAUCACUUCAGGGGAAAGAAAUUUAAGGCUGCUGCACACCGAAAAUUUAGGAGUGGCUCGGGGAAGAGAAAGAAAAAAUAUGAGAGAACACAGAUGCCUGUGGGGAGGCCCUCACUGACAGCAUCGCCACAAGAGCAAAAGAAAAGGCUUCUAGAUCGAGGCUUUCAAUUUCCUUUUGUUGAAAAACAUUAUGGGAAGAAACAUAUCCCUUUAAAUAUGGUUCUAGGCUAUGAGCAAGCAGCUGCAAAAGGAUUUUUCCAGUAUGUUGAAAUGCUCAAAUAUGAAGAACAUCUUAAAAAGGCUUUAAAAAACCUUAAAGCUAGUGAAGACUUGGAGAGAGAAUGCCUGGCAGUGAGGAAACACAAGUAUUUAGAUGAUGAAGGCCCCAUUUCCCCUAUCCAAGAGACCAAUGGAAUCGAUAACAGCUUGGAUUGUGAUGCUCAAGAAGACUUUGAUGCCAGAGUGGUGGAGAACAGCUAUUUCAUUAUAAGCAGCAAAAUCCCCAACAAGAAAAAAUCAAAGCCAGAAAAGAAACGUGCAAAAUCAAGUGGAGCGAUAGAAGUAGAAAGUGAAGAAUGUGGUGCUGAGAGCUCUGGCAGCUGCAGGGUUCAAUUCAGGGGACAUAAAGCUCCCAAGUGA